AUGAACCUCGCAAAUAAAUUUCAACAGAAUCAAGGCCAACAACCACAGUCAAAUCUUCAAGCACAACAAAUUUUAUCACAACAACUUCACCAAGGGCAAUCUCAUCCACAACAACAACAACAACAACCACAGCAGCAACAACAAAUCACAUCUAAUGGGCUCGGUACUGGAUUUCAACCAAAUGAUAAUUUCAAUGACAAUUUGAAUGGAUUGUAUCAAAACAAUUUUCUGCGAGGCCAACCCAAUUUACAACAACUGUAUUUCCCCCAAUUUCAACAAAAUCAACAGAAACAGACGGCUGCUAACAGUCACAAUAUUGGCAGCGGCGUAUCUCAGCUACAACAACCAUUCCAAGCAAAUCAUCUACCACGGCAAGUCCCGCAUCUUCAACAACAAUUCUACAAUCAACAACAAACGACAGCGGCACUCCAAAAGCAGCAGCAACAGCAGCCACCCAACCUACUUCAGUCUCAGCAGGUUCAGUUACAAGGGUCUCAACUACAAGCACCCAUUCAAAAGACCAAUAGUUUGCAUGUUGACAACCCCAAAGCUCUUUUUUGGCAGCACCAGCAGCAGUUGUGCCAAAUUUCUAGGUCCUCGAAUGAUCCACAUAACUAUGCACGGCAAUAUGCGUCAAACUCGAGGAAGUUGAAAAAUCCAUAUGCUGAAGCAAAGCCCAUUGGACUCAUUGAGGCGACGAAAGUGAUUGUCGCAAGCAUCGAAGAGGAAGAGCAGAAAAGGAAGUUUGCAGCCAAGGAUCCAACCAGUGCAGCAUUGUUGCACAAUAAAAAAGUUACUCAGAGCCUUGACGACGAUUCGAUGGAGGAGCAAAGAAUGCGAUUGAAAACUCAAGGUCGUCAAUUAUGGUGUCAGCUUGAUCUUAGUGGACAAGGGUUGGUGAAUCUUUCGCCCAAGUUGUUCCACUAUGAUUUUUUGGAGUCAUUGUAUUUGAAUAAUAACAAAUUGACAAGUAUACCUGCAGAUAUAAGCAAGUUGAGAAGUUUGCGAACUCUAGACUUGUCACACAACAGACUUAAUGAAUUGCCACCUGAGCUUGGAUUGUGUUUCAAUUUGAGGUACUUGUACCUUUUUGACAAUAACAUCAAAACCUUGCCAUCCUCGUUCGGUAACUUGUUUGAACUCCAAUUCAUUGGAGUAGAAGGAAAUCCACUUGACUUGAGUAUUGCCAACUUGAUUGCUGAAAAGGGCACCAAGGAAUUGAUUGCUGCUCUUAGAGAUCAAAAGACAAACAUACAAAUACCCGAACCACGCCAUUGGUUGCAAGUUGAAGAAGAUGGAGAGGUUGUUGAUACCAAGGAGCCCUAUAAACAGGUUGAAAGCUCGGGCUCAACAUUCACAUUAAUGUCAUACAACACUUUAUGUCAGCACUAUGCUACAGCAAAGAUGUACAAGUUUACUCCUUCAUGGGCUUUAGAAUGGGAUUACAGAAGGAGUUUACUAGAAAAGGAGAUUUUGAGCUACAGUACGGAUAUCAUUUGUAUGCAAGAAGUUGAAACUAGGACGUACAUGGAGUUUUGGGCACCCUUGUUAGCUCAGAAGGGAUACAAAGGGUUUUUUCACUGUAAAACAAGGGCAAGGACUAUGUCUAAUGACAGUGACCAGAAAAAGGUUGAUGGGUGUGCCACCUUUUACAAAGUGGAUAAGUUUACCUUGGUGCAUAAACAUAACUUUGAGUACAGCGGUGCUUGUAUGGGAUCUGACAAGUAUAAGAAGACCGAGGAUUAUUUCACCAGGUUUUUGAAUAAAGACAAUAUUGCUUUGAUUUCCUUUUUGGAGCACAAGGAGACAAAGGAAAAGAUUUGUUUUGUCAACACUCAUUUGCACUGGGACCCGGCAUUCAAUGAUGUCAAGGCAUUACAGAUUGGAGUUCUUUUGGAGGAAUUACAAGGUUUCAUUAAAAGAUAUCAACAAGCCUCUUCGAUGGAAGACCUCAAAAAGGCACCUAUUGUCAUUUCUGGUGAUUUCAAUUCUGUCAAACAAUCUGCUGUGUAUCAAUUAUUCUCGACUGGGUCUUCGAAGGAUCAUUUUGAUUUAGCAGGUAAGGAUUAUGGUACCUUCACCGAGCAUGGGUUCCAUCAUCCAUUCAAAUUAAAGUCUGCUUAUGAUGCUGUUGGCGAAUUACCUUUCACGAACUUGUCACCCUCAUUCACUGACAAUAUUGAUUAUAUAUGGUACUCAACUUCGAAGUUACAGGUGAGAGGAUUAUUGGGUGAGGUCGAUAAGAAGUAUGUAUCACAUUGUAUUGGAUUCCCAGAUCCAAAUUUCCCAUCGGAUCAUGUACCUAUAUUAGCCAAAUUUCAAAUAAAGAAAUAA